GUCGGGGAGCGGUGCCGGAAGGGGUGGGUCUGUGGGCAGGUCCGAGCGUCAGGGAGCCUCGUGGAGGUAGAGGUGAACUAAGUACAUGCCGAAUGGUCUUCUCGUGAGUUGGGUGGUGGCAGUGAGCUGCAGCUCCCGGUCAGCCACGUGACCACAAAGCUGCCUCGCCUGUGGUCUGCGACCUUUCGACAUGGGUCUCACCAAGCAGUACCUGCGCUAUGUGGCCAGUGCGGUCUUUGGCCUAAUCGGCAGCCAGAAAGGCAAUAUUGUCUUUGUGACCCUUCGUGGUGAAAAAGGGCGCUAUGUGGCAGUGCCAGCCUGUGAACACGUCUUCGUCUGGGACCUAAGGAAAGGAGAGAAGAUCCUCAUCCUUCGGGGGCUGAAGCAGGAAGUCACGUGCUUGUGCCCCUCCCCAGACGGGCUGCACUUGGCUGUGGGCUAUGAGGAUGGGUCUGUUCGCAUCUUCAGUCUCCUGAGUGGGGAGGGAAACGUGACCUUCAAUGGGCACAAAGCAGCCAUCACCUCCCUGAAGUAUGAUCAGCUAGGAGGCAGGCUGGCUUCGGGGUCCAAGGACACGGACAUCAUCGUGUGGGACGUGAUCAAUGAGAGUGGCCUCUACCGGCUCAAGGGGCACAAGGAUGCCGUCACACAAGCGUUGUUCUUACGAGAAAAGAAUCUGCUCGUUAGCAGUGGGAAAGAUACCGUGGUGAAAUGGUGGGACCUUGACACCCAGCACUGCUUCAAAACGAUGGUGGGCCACCGAACUGAGGUGUGGGGCUUGGUUCUGGUGUCGGAAGAAAAGCGACUCAUCACAGGGGCGUCUGACAGUGAGCUGAGGGCUUGGGACAUCGCCUACCUGCAGGAGAUUGAAGAUCUGGAAGAACCAGAGCCCAAGAAAAUCAAGGGGCCUGCCCCGGGAACACAGGACCUGCAGGACGCAGAGGACGGCACCGAGACGGAUGAAGCUCCCGAGGAUCGCAUCCUCACGUGCAGAAAAGCUGGUUCCAUCAUGCGGGAGGGAAGGGACAGAGUCGUGAACCUCGCAACCGACAGGACGGGCAGGAUUCUCGCCUGCCAUGGAGCCGAUUCCGUGCUGGAAGUGUUCUGUAUCCUUUCCAAAGAGGAGAUUCAGAAGAAGAUGGAUAAGAAGAUGAAGAAGGCGAGAAAGAAAGCCAAAUUAAACUCUGGCAAAGGGGAGGAGGAAGACCUGGAAGUCAGUGUUGAAAUGACUCUGCAAGAUGAAAUCCAGCGGGUGACCAGCAUCAAGACUGCUGCCAAGAUCAAAUCCUUCGACCUGAUUCACUCACCUCAAGGGGAGUUAAAGGCCGUCUUCCUGCUGCAGAACAACCUGGUGGAAUCGUAUUCCCUGAACCCCUCAGCGCCCGCCGCUCAGCCUGUGAGGACGAGCAGGAUAACCCUCGGGGGCCACCGCAGCGACGUGCGCACCUUGUCGUUCAGCUCGGACAACAUCGCGGUCCUGUCCGCGGCCGCCGACUCCAUCAAGAUUUGGAACAGGUCCACGCUGCAGUGCAUCCGCACGAUGGCCUGUGAGUACGCGCUCUGCUCCUUCUUCGUGCCUGGCGACCGGCAGGUGGUCGUGGGAACAAAGACGGGGAAGCUGCAGCUGUACGACUUGGCCUCCGGAGCCUUGCUGGAGACGGUAGACGCCCAUGACGGGGCUCUGUGGUCCCUGUCUCUCUCCCCAGACCAGCGCGGCUUCGUGACAGGUGGCGCAGAUAAGGCUGUCAAGUUCUGGGACUUCGAGUUGGUGAAAGAUGAAAACAGUCCCCAGAAGAGACUCUCCGUGAAGCAGACCCGGACGCUGCAGCUGGAUGAAGAUGUGCUGUGUGUCCGGUUCGCGCCCGACCAGAAGCUGUUGGCCGUGUCCUUGCUCGACUGCACGGUCAAGGUUUUCUAUGUCGACACCUUGAAGUUCUUCCUCUCGCUGUAUGGACACAAACUGCCUGUCAUAUGCAUGGACAUCUCUUACGACGGGGCACUCAUAGCGACGGGCUCUGCCGACAGGAACGUGAAAAUCUGGGGGAUGGACUUCGGGGACUGCCACAAGUCUCUCUUUGCACACGAUGACAGUGUGAUGCACCUGCAGUUCGUCCCCAAGUCCCACCUCUUCUUCACGGCCGGGAAGGACCGCAAGAUUAAGCAGUGGGAUGCGGACAGAUUUGAGCACAUUCAGACCCUGGAGGGGCACCACCAGGAAAUCUGGUGCUUGGCCGUGAGCCCCAACGGAGACUACGUGGUGUCAUCGUCCCACGACAAAUCCCUGCGACUCUGGGAGAGGACAAGGGAGCCUCUCGUUCUGGAGGACGAGAGGGAGAUGCAAAGGGAAGCAGAAUACGAGGAGAGUGUGGCCAAAGAAGACCAACCAGCAGUUCCAGGGGAGACUCAAGGAGAAAAUUACUUUACUGGAAAGAAAACUAUUGAAACAGUCAAAGCAGCCGAGAGGAUCAUGGAGGCCAUCGAACUCUACCGAGAAGAGACCGCAAAAAUGCAGGAGCACAAAGCCAUUUGUAAAGCUGCAGGGAAAGAGGUUCCUCUUCCCACCAACCCCAUCCUGAUGGCUUAUGGCAAUAUCUCUCCUUCCGCUUACGUGCUGGAGAUCUUUAAAGGAAUCAAGUCCAGUGAGCUGGAGGAGUCCCUGCUCGUGCUGCCUUUCUCCUACGUCCCCGACAUCCUCAAACUCUUCCAUGAGUUCCUCCAGCUGGGCUCUGAUGUUGAGCUUCUGUGUAGGUGCCUCUUCUUUCUCCUCAGGAUUCACUUUGGGCAGAUCACCAGCAACCAAAUGCUUGUGCCAGUGAUUGAAAAAUUAAAGGAAACAACUAUUUCAAAAGUCAGCCAAGUCCGGGAUGUUAUUGGCUUCAACAUGGCGGGUCUGGAGCAUCUCAAGAGGGAAUGCGAGGCAAAAAGUGAAGUGAUGUUUUUUGCUGAUGCUACCAGCCACUUGGAAGAGAAGAAGAGGAAGAGGAAAAAGAGGGAGAAGCUAAUUUUAACACUGACGUAGAACUGAAAUGUGGAGCCUUCUCCUGCUUUUCUUUAGCAGGACUUCCAGACUAAGCAGCAGUGGAGUCCGCGUCAAUGUAAAAGGGACCAGGCAGCAGCUCGUCCAGAGAAUUCCAGCGUGGGCCUGCAGCCUCUGUUUCUUGGACUUGACUGACCCCUGAUUCGUUUAAAAUUUCUUCUGUGCCCUUGAAGCUUGAGCCUUUCAAGAGUUGUUUCUGGUGUAUUCUAGCAGGGAACAAAGAAUUCUUUUGAACUAGGCGUGUGUUUCAGUAGUUAAAAUACCAUUUCAAAAGUUUAUCUUAUUUAUGACAGAAGAUUUGCUGGUUGAGAUGUUCCUCUCUGUUCUACUGAGACAGGUGCCCAGGUGAACGCCCUCUGCCCAGAAGUGCAGCCAUGGACACGGAGAGCUGAAAGGGACCAUAAAAGUGGUCUAGAGCAGCCUCCUUAAACUUGACCUCUUGCAGGUUGUUACACGUGUAUAUAAAAUAUCCUACUGGCUAACUGUUUAUGCUCCUCUCAAUAAAGAGUUGUUUCUAACGC